AUGCUCUACACAAUCUCCGUCUACCAACUCUUCUGGGGACUGCUGUCUCAAAUCUUUGGAUUUGUAGACAUCUGUCUCGCUCUCUCUUUGAUUGCAUUUGCAAUCACCAACAUUUCGAUCGCGUGCCAGAAAUGCACUGGCAAGACCUUGUUUGAGGUUGUGUGCCUCACCAUCACCACCAUCAAGGGUGGCCGACGUGGCGCUGGUCGCGUGUCGGUCGCCUGUCAGACAACUCAGACCUUUGGUGGUUACCGGUCGGUAGCCACCCAGACCAACCCCUGCGACGACGACUUCCACUACAACAAGCGGUUCCCUCGUCGCCUGAGAAACAAUGGCGUGCCGUGCCCCUUCCUUAGGGUGCCGGAUGAGGGUGUUUCUGUGUUCGCGGACCGCCGCAACGCAUACCGCCUUCGUGGUCGAUUUGCUCUGGUGCAGGACGCCCAGCCAAGUGGUACCAACACCGCUGGUGUGACUCCUGGCACUCCUUUUUCGGGUCUCGGAAAACGAGACAUGGACUCAUUCGAAGAUCAAUCGACUCACGAAGAGUCGGAGUCGGAGUUGGAGUUGGUGGCGCGUCCGGACCGAAAGAUUCUGGCGCCUCGCGUUCGGGGGGCGGGGACUGUCCAAUGUCCCAUCGCUCCUCAGAGUGCGGCCCUUGCUGGUGUCCUUCUCGACGACAACGAGGAUGGCACCACGAUAGAUAUUGACGAUGAGGAGAAUGAUGACCUGGAGAUCAUCAUUGACAAGAUCGUCUUACCUUCGGCACCCCAUGUCGAAGAACAAAGUCCUCGAGUUGAGGCACAAAGUCCUCGAGUUGAGGCCGACAUGGGGGAGAAGGGUGAGGAGGAUGGGAAGGAGGAUGGGGGUGAUGUUGGGCCAGGAGAGGCAUUGGUGUUGGAGGUGGAGGAGGAGGAGGGUGAUAGCAUGGCGCCAGCUGACUUUGGAGAGGAUGAUGAUGAUGAUGACAUGGAGUUUGCGCCAGCUGGCUUUGGGGAGGAGGAGUGA